AUGGCCGGUUUCAUCUCAAAAUCCAAAACCCUCAUUCCCUCAAAGCUCCCCAAUCCAUCCAGUUUCAUGGCGUCGUCACUCCGCUACCGCUCAUCACGCGCCGCCACGAAACCCCAGUUAUUGGAAAUCGAUACAUCGUCCACAUCAUUAUCAUCGGAGGGUGAACACGAGAUGACACUGAAGCUGUUUGAUGAUUUGAUCCACCGAAUUCUGGUGAAAAAAGCUACGCCAGAUUGGUUGCCUUUUGUUCCUGGAUCUUCUUUUUGGGUCCCGCCACGACCUACUCCUUCUAAUGUUGUUCAUUUGGUUCAUAAGCUUACUGAUGGGGAAAAGCAACAGCCUUUUAUGAAUGAUGAGUCGCUUUCGCUUUCUUCUCUUCGCGGUUGGCCUUCCUCCAAUUACUUCAUUAAAGGGAAUGUUCAUGGUGGGGAUAGUGGUGUGGAGUUGAAUAUCCCAGAAGGGAUGGAGGGACCAGUAAAAGUGAAGGUUAUGACGCUUCCAGAACAUUUAGCUCAUUCUGAAGAUGAGGAUGAACCAUAA